AGUGUAAAAUCGAAAGUGAGCAGGACCGGUCAAGUUGGAACAACGGGUCUACUCUAUCAAACCCACACAUAUAUUCCGCCUGGAUAUUGUGAUGCAAUUGGACUUUUGUGGAUACUUGAACCUUAAGUCUAUGUGAGUCGCUAUGGCCCUUCGAAUCAUUUCCUCUCAGUUGCGAAGCUUCUGCAAGAUUGGCAAUGUACAACGAGCUUUUGCAUCGUCCAGCAAUGAACCCACCUUCAACUGGGAAGAUCCAUUGAACUUGGAGUCGCAGCUAAAAGAGGAUGAGAUUGCCAUCCGGGAUUCGUUCCGAGCGUAUUGCGAGGAUAAACUCAUGUCCCGGGUAAUUUUGGCCAACAGAAAUGAAGUAUUCCACAAAGAAAUCAUGAAGGAACUGGGAUCAUUCGGCGUGUUGGGUUGCACGAUCAAGGGCUACGACUGUGCCGGUGUAAGCAAUGUGGCUUAUGGUUUGCUAACACGUGAAGUGGAGCGUGUAGACUCCGGCUAUAGGUCGGCCUUUAGUGUUCAAAGUUCUCUUUGCAUGGGUGCCAUCUACGACUAUGGCAGCGAAGAACAGAAACAAAAAUAUCUUCCUAAAAUGGCCAAGGGAGAAUUGAUUGGAUGCUUUGGUCUGACCGAACCAAAUCACGGUAGUGAUCCAUCCUCGAUGGAAACCCGUGCGGUGCAUGAUCCCAGAACCAAAACCUACGUGCUGACUGGCAGCAAAACGUGGAUCACCAACUCUCCGGUGGCGGACGUAUGCAUCGUCUGGGGCAAGACCGAGGACGGCAGGGUUCGAGGAUUUAUCGUCGAUCGCGAGCAGAGCUCGACGGGAUUGUCCACCCCCAAAAUUCAAGGCAAGUUCUCAUUGCGUGCUUCCGAUACCGGAAUGAUUCUGAUGGACGAGGUUCGCAUUCCGGAGGACAACAUUCUGCCGAAUGUUUCCGGUAUGCGAGGACCGUUCGGAUGCUUGAACAACGCUCGGUAUGGAAUUGCUUGGGGUGCUCUGGGUGCGGCCGAAUCCUGCCUGAAGGUUGCUAGACAGUACACAUUGGAUAGGAAGCAGUUCAAGAAACCGCUGGCAGCGAAUCAGCUGAUGCAGAAGAAGAUGGCCGAUAUGCUGACGGAGAUCAGCUUGGGCUUGACGGCUUGUCUGCACGUUGGACGACUGAAGGAUCAGAAAUUGCACACACCAGAGAUGAUCUCCAUGCUGAAACGGAACAAUGCUGGUAAGGCGCUGGAAAUUGCUCGCGUAGCUAGAGAUAUGCUUGGUGGAAACGGAAUUGCCGACGAGUAUCACAUCAUACGACAUGUAAUGAACCUGGAGGCUGUUAACACGUACGAAGGUACCCACGAUAUUCAUGCUCUCAUUCUGGGACGUGCCAUUACCGGUAUUCAGGCGUUUGCUUGAAAUGCAAUACAUUUAAAUGUAUAAACCAAGUGAUACAACGUGCAUUUGUUAAAGAGAAUGUAAUAAAUUACAAGAAGGGAACGAUUCAAAUAUAA